CCAGAGGUGACCCCAGACCUGGUCAUUGCAAUGGCAGGAAUUUAUCAAGGGAAUCAUCUGUCAGAGGCAGGCAGGUGUCAGGGCCUGGGAGGCUUUCCCUGUUCAGGGAGGGUGAACUCUGCCCCCUGUGCGGCUGCCAGGGCCGGGAUGCUCAUGUGGCCAGAUCAAGCCACCUAUGGGAAGCUGUGUCUGCCUUUACCAGGCUGCUCUGCUGUCCCAGACCUGCAACACCGAUGACAAAGUCCAGCCCAGGGUCACGGUGGGGAGCUGGCAGCAGAAAAGACAGGUGGCCAAACUGGGAGGAGUGUGGUUUUGCUCUCAGCCUGGGGGUUUGCUCUUUGAUUUGAGCUGUCCUUCCAUCCAGCCUGCACCCCCCACAGUGCCACAUUGUGGAUUUAUAAGGCUUCACAGGCAAAUGUGUCCCAAGGCUCAAGGAUGCUCUGCCCUGGUCCUGGCCCGUGGCAGGGUGAUUGUUGCAGCAGGCAAUCCAUGGUGUUUUACUCUGCUUCUCCUCCACCAAGUGUGGGAGCUUCCUCAGAUGCAUGGGAGGAGUGUCCCUGUGAUGUGAGGCUGGAGCUGGGAUGGCCAUGGCAUCCCUGUGCAGAGGAUCCAGACUCAGGACAAGGAAGAGUGGCCCUGGACCAUUCAGUGCGACCCCUUUGGCGUCCGAAAUGUUGAAUUAUUGAUUUAUGCUGGGCUGGGGUCCAGGGGCUGCUGAUGCACUGGUCUGAUGGCAUUGCCACCUCUCUCCAGGCCCAUGUGGGUCAUCGAUCCAGGACGUUAUGGAACACCCAAAGGGCAAAGCCCAUCCUUUGAGCAGGGCUUAGGCUUGGUCUGUAGAUGGGGGAGCAGCUGGAGGGGCAUGGCCAGAGCAAAUGGCCUGAAUGCUCUGGGGGGUCUAAGACCCUCCCCAGAGUGCCCCCCCCUCUCCCCCCUCCUUCCCCAAUUCAUCUCUCAGAGCAUCAGAGACAUCAGAGAUAAGUAAGAUAAAAGUGACAAAUUAUUGACAUUCCCAGCUCCAGCAAAGGGGUGAGGGAACAUUAGAGGUGCUUUUGGUUCAGGUAGGGUAAUCUUAACCUCACAUGUUCCUGUUUGUGGGCACAAAAUGCUCUUUUGCCCUCUCCUGCUGCAAAGAGGUCAACCCCCAAAACGUUCCCAGGCAUUGGUCGGAGCAACAGCUCUUUUCCCAGCUGGAUUUUAUGGAUGUUGUUUAAAGCAAUGUCAGCUGAAGGCAAGUGUUUGCAGGUCCCUCAGACAGCCAGUGAUUGGGAAAUAGAUGGAUCAUUCCCUGCCAGAACUGGUGGAUACAGAAAUUAAUGGGGGAAAAGGGAGAAUUCUGGAAAAAAAAGGAUUCUGACUCAUGUGCUUGAAACCCUCCAAAUGUAAACUGACUGCUUUUGUGGAUGACCUCUGUGGUGAUAUUUGGAGCCUUCAGUCUUGCCUCUCUGGGCAGGUGCUCAAUGACUGCUGUGCUGACCUGAGGAUGAGGGUUUGGAGCUGUCAGAAUUCCUGGUCCUCACCACAGCUCCCCUGAAGGAGCAGGUGCAGAAGGAGGCACAGAGCCAGCUGCCGUUUCCAGUGUGCCUUUGCAGAAAGCCAUCAACUAAUUUCCAAUACCAGGAGAGAAAGUGUGUGAAUUUUAUGAUCCAUAUUACAACUGGCUCUUGGCUGUAAACUCCUCAUGGUCUUAAUUGCAUUUAAAAAGCUCUGUCAAGCACUUGCCUGCGUGCUCUGGCAUCUGGUCAACUUUUAAAUGUCUGCUGGGCCUGCUGAGAUGAUUUUUCUGUCUGGUGUGUUGUGCAGGGUCUGAACAAGAAAGAUGUAGUGUUCCUGCAUGGAAAGUGAGAGCACCAGCAUUUGAAAUGUGCUGAGUGAUGAGGAGGAAGGAGGAAAUAAAGCAGAGACCGUGGGGACGCUGGGGCAGUUCUGUCAGCAUCAUUUAUCCACUCUCUCUGGCAUUAAUGUUUUACUCUUUAUUGAAGGACGCUGGGGUUUUCUCGGGGCAAGAGCAGGGUCACUGUGCAGCGCAUGGUUAAAAUCAGUCUGAGGUUCGCUUUCCCCGGUAGACCUCGGCAGCUGGUCGCUUUUUGGGCGAUAAUGGGGCGCAGGCAAUUAGCAGCAUCAGCGAUGAUGAUCCUGCGAGCGCGCCGGGUACCGCGGACGGCUCACCAUAGAGAGCGGCGGUGGGAACGGCCGCCAGAUGGCUUUUCCUUCUCAGCCUCUCUAUGGUAACUCCGCGUUUCCGGUCAGCCGCCGUAGAAAUUGCGAGCUGCCAUUGGCUGUCAGUGCGGGGGCGGGGCCAGGCGGUGGCGGGAGGAGGGGUUAUGCUAAGCAAGGCGCUGUGCCGCCUCACGAUUGGUCAGUGAGGAGGGGGGCGGGACCCAGCGGCGGCAGCGGAGCCUGGCCGCGGGGGACGCGUGGCCGGGGGAGCGGACGCUGCGGGCCCCAGGGGCUGCGGGAACCGCGCCCGCAGGCCCUGCUCCACCUCUGGGGCUGUGAGAGGCGCGGGGCCCCGGGACCCCGGUGCGCGGGUUCGGGGAUCUCGGUUCUGGGCUGUGCAGCAGUUGACACCCGCCGGCCCCGGUCCGGCCCUAAGCGCUGUCCCUGAGCUCGAGGCGUUCCCGCCUCCCGGGUUCGGUUCAUAACCCGGCCCCGCUCUGCUCCGCUGCGGCCAUGGCCGGCGCGGGGGGCCGAGCCCCGCUGGGUCUGCGGCGGUGGCUGUCCUCGGCUGCCCCGGCGCCUCGGGUCUGCGUGGUGGGCAGCGGCCCCGCCGGCUUCUACACGGCUCAGCACAUCCUCAAGCACCAUGGCGGGGCCCUGGUGGACAUCUACGAGAAGCUGCCCGUUCCCUUCGGGCUCGUCCGUUUUGGAGUGGCCCCAGACCACCCUGAGGUGAAGAACGUGAUCAACACCUUCACACAGACGGCGCGCUCGGAGCGCUGCGCCUACUACGGGAACGUCACCGUGGGAAGGGACGUGACUGUGCCGGAGCUGCGGCAGGCGUACCACGCCGUGGUGCUGAGUUAUGGUGCUGAAGACAACAGGGUCCUGGGGAUCCCAGGGGAGAACCUCCCUGGUGUUUACUCAGCCCGAGCCUUCGUGGGCUGGUACAACGGGCUGCCUGAGAACCAGGAUCUAAAGCCUGACCUGAGCUGUGAGACAGCGCUGAUUCUGGGUCAUGGCAAUGUGGCACUGGACAUAGCCCGCAUCCUGCUGUCCCCACUGCAUCUUCUCAGGAAGACAGACAUCACUGACAGCUCCCUGGCAGCUCUUGCCUGCAGCAAGGUGAAGCGUGUCUGGCUGGUUGGGAGGAGGGGACCUCUCCAAGUCGCUUUCACCAUCAAGGAGCUGCGGGAGAUGAUAAACCUGCCUGGUGCCAGAGCUGUCCUGGACCCUGCCGACUUCACAGGCCUUGAAAGUGCUGUCAAAGAUGCUUCCAGGCCCAGGAAGCGACUGACUGAGCUGAUGAUCAAAACAGCCCUGGAGAAGCCAGUGGAGAUGCAGGCAGCAGGGGCAGCAGGCCCCCGGGAGUGGGGGCUGAAGUUCCAACGCAGCCCCCAGGAAGUGCUGCCCAGUGCUGAUGGGAGGAGGGCGAGGGGCAUCCGCAUGGCCCUGACCCGCCUGGAGGGCUCAGGUGACUCUGCCAAAGCCGUUCCCACUGGAGAUGUGGAGGAGCUGGAGUGUGGGCUGGUGCUCAGCAGCAUCGGCUACCGGAGCCUGCCGCUGGACCCAGCUGUGCCCUUUGACAGCCAGCACGGGGUCAUCCCCAACAGCUCGGGCAGAGUGGAGGGUGUCCCAGGUCUGUACUGCAGUGGGUGGGUGAAGAGAGGACCCACAGGCGUGAUCAUCACCACCAUGAACGACAGCUUUGACACUGCCCAGUCUCUGCUGGAGGAUCUCCAGGGUGGUGUGCUGGAUAUAUCCCCUUCCAGAGAAGGCUUUGGGCUUGUGGAGAGCAUCCUGCGCAGCCGAGGGGUCCGUCCCGUUUCCUUCUCGGACUGGGAGAAGAUUGAUGCUGCUGAAGUGGCAAGAGGCAAAGCUGCUGGCAAACCCCGGGAGAAGAUCGUAGAUCCUGCGGAGAUGCUGCGGAUCAUCGGUCACUAAGGCAGCAGUGGUGGGACUGCAUCACUUUGGUGCUGUUGGGGCAACUCCAGUGGGUCAUGAGCAGAGCCUGGGAGCACAGGACUUCUCUCUGGGGCUGGUGGUGGCUCUGGAGGAGUGUGUGACACUGGGGCCUCUCUGGUAAUAAUGAACUCUGGGUUCCCAAAGUCUCAAGACCCGAGGCUGUUGGCUGGCCCUGCAUCCCUGCAGCCAGCUACCAUUCCCAGAGGUGAUUCUUGUCUGUCUUUGAAGCAUUAAUGAAUCAUGCAGUGCAGGUGUGCAUCUGGGGAACUCCUGGCCAGCCACUCUCUCACAGCAAAUCACAUGGAGAAGUUUCCUUGUGUCUUGCUGCUUCCCCUUUAAGCCACAAGCCAAAUGGGUUUGUUGCCUUGUCAUUCAUGCCAGAGCAGGCAUCUUUUAAUAAUUUUUGUUUUUUGUUAAAUAAACCCUUCCAGGGAAGCCAAAAUGGACCUUCAACUUGAGUCUGGGUUCUUUUGUCUGCCACUGCCUUGACCCUGGAGCAGCCCCCAAAGUGCUGCGGCUCCUGCAACGUCCCAAGGCAAGGCAGCUCUGGGUAUUCUCCACUUGUGAGCUCUACACAAGCAGAAAAGGGCAUUAAUUUGCCUUCUACUUCCCACAGUCUGUCUUACAGGGUAGAUUGGGAUAGCAAGCAUGUAAUUGCCUUGUUCAGGAUCGUGAGGGAUCCUGUGUCCAUUGGUAUCUGCCAGUACUGACUGGUGCAAGCAGUGCCUUGAGUUCUUUCUCUCUUUUCACUGGUGGUUUUUUUUUUUUUUUUUUUUUUUUUUUUUUUUGUCUCUGUUUUGAAGCUUAUUAAAUGCUUCUCUUAGCCCAGAUUGCCUACGGUGAUGGUGUCAGGUUUUAAGCCAGAUUACAAGCCGUGAGCUGUAAUCUCUUUUUAUCCCUGGCGCAGGGGCAGCGUCAGUGGGGCCCCUUCCCUGGCUGUCCCCAACCCCCCGUGCUCCCUGCCAGAGCACUGCAGGAUUGUGCAACCCCUCCUCCCUGGCCUGUGGAAAUGGUGACAGUGGCAGUGGCUCUGUGAUGGAGGCAGAGGAGAGAUCGAGCUAGGGCAACCUCCACCUCAGCCCAGCUCUCUCACGGCAGGGGACUUGCCCACAGGGCACUGUUUUCUCACCUCAUCUCUGUCUCAACUCAAGGAACGGAGAUCUCUGACUUCUCCCUAUUUUUCCCUUUUUCUCUCCCAUACUUUUCUAUUUAAAUCUCAUUUGAAAGCUCAUUAAGAAACUCAGGAAAUGUGAUAAUGGGAACUCGUACUCAAACGAGCAAUAAAGCUUUUGUGGAACAGC